GCCCGUUAUGUCGGUCCAGAGAUGCAGCAACUGCUCAUAUGGCUGACCAAAUACUAUGACCACUCCAAAGACGUGAGCCUACAACUUCAAUCCUGGUGUGCUUGACUGACGCAAGGCUGCCAGCCAUCCGUCAUUCCCUACAUCGCAACCGCCAUCCUCCGUCUAGAUCCAGAGUCUAGUACCCUCACCUCGACUCACCUCCUCCUAUUGCGACUAUGUCUUGCUGCCGGUCUUCCCCGCCAGGCUUUGCGUGUGCUCGACAAGGACAUCUACAACCUACCCAUGGACCCACAAAAGGGUGUUGACGAACGUUUCGCAUGCGCCGACCAUGAUCUCAGUGCCACCUACAUCACAAAAGCCUCAAACAUUUCAGCAACUCUUACAGCUCCCGACGUCCAUGAAUACUACUUGCUUGGCGCCUAUGCCUACAUUGGCUUACGCCGCUAUAACCGCGCUCGUCUCUUCCUCGAACUGGUCCUUGGUUCGCCCUCACAGAACGUCGCGACCCCUCUGAUGGUCGAGGCUUACAAGAAGUCGAUCCUCGUCAGCCUGCUAUCUACUGGUUCUCUCUCCUUUACCAAGGGUUUGAUCAACCCGCAGAUGAUCAAGACUUACUCAAGUCUGUCCAAGCCGUACGAAGUUCUCGCAGAUGUCUUCAAGAAGCGUGACGUUCUGCGUUUGGAUGCUGAGAUUGCUAUGGCCACCGCUGUUUGGGACGAGGACGGCAACACGGCCAUUGUCAACCAAGUAGCCGACUCACUGCGUCGAUACCGUGUCAUCGACUUGCAGAAGACCUACGCUGCUCUUCCCAUCGAAGGUAUCGCUCUCCAUCUCAAUCUGACCCCAGGAGCCACCACAACACUGCUCAGUACCAUGAUCCGUGACGGCCACCUUCACGCCUUGCUUCCUCCACUCAUUGCUGGUACCGACACCAAACCCGUCCUUCGCUUCCUCUCGCAAAAUCCCAAUCAGCCUGCAGUCGAUCACGAUGCUUUGUUGAAGGACAAGUCCGUUCACAUCGAGCAGCUCGCCAAGCAUGUCCGCGAAGCCGAUCGUAGACUUGCCAUCCAAAAAGAAUAUGUCGACUUUACUCGUAGAAACAAGCGCGCCGAAACUGCUGGUGCUCAGGGCUACGAGGACCCGAUGGAUGUCUGGGACGCGCCUGAGGAUGGUGAUCAGGAUGAAGAUAUGAUGGGCGACCUCUGAUCGCAAAGCACAAAUGACUGCAUCGAACGGGGGCAGCGGACUUGAUAUUUCACGACACGACUGCAUACGAGAUGGCGUUUACUCUUGAGGCAAGGAACCCUCAAUUCCUUUUUCCUGUUUCCUUUCUACACAUGGUUAGAUGAGCAGAGCUCAAAUAUUACCGACUGCGGUGCACUGGGAGCUGGACAUGAGCGAGUCCGCUCUCAGGAACAGACAUGAUACAUAGCUACAAUGAUCAAAACUACAUGAUCCAUGCA